GAACUCUCCCCAAGAAGUCCGUUACAUAGUUAAACGCUUCUCAAAUCUGAUUUCUCUAGUCUUCGAUUAUGGCUUUUCAAGGGAAGAAACUCAUCAACAAUCCCAAUGAUGUGGUGACUGAAUUCAUUGAGGGUCUUGUGGAAACAUAUCCAGAACUCCAGUACUUAGAUGGUUUCCCGGAGGUGAAAGUUGUUAUUCGUGCUGAUGCAUCAGGCACAACAUAUGACAAGGUUGCAGUCAUAUCAGGAGGGGGAAGUGGGCAUGAACCUGCACAUGCUGGAUAUGUGGGAGAAGGGAUGCUGACAGCUGCCAUUUGUGGAGAUGUUUUUGCUUCUCCUUCAGUUGAUUCAAUUUUAGCAGGCAUUCGAGCUGUUACUGGUCCUAUGGGAUGCCUUCUGAUAGUGAAGAAUUAUACUGGUGACCGUUUGAAUUUCGGGUUGGCUGCUGAGCAAGCAAGGUCUGAAGGUUAUAAAAUAGAAACUGUAAUUGUUGGAGAUGAUUGUGCAUUACCUCCACCUCGAGGCAUUUCUGGACGAAGAGGUUUGGCAGGAACUAUUCUUGUUCAUAAGGUUGCUGGAGCUGCAGCUGCAGCUGGCCUUUCUCUUGCUGAUGUUGCUUCUGAGGCACAACGUGCAUCUGAGAUGGUUGGAACCAUGGGCGUCGCAUUAUCUGUUUGCACGCUGCCUGGUCAGGUUACUUCUGAUCGCUUGGGCCCAGGAAAGAUGGAACUUGGUCUGGGAAUUCAUGGGGAACCUGGUGCUGCUGUGGCAGACCUCCAGCCUGUGGAUGUGGUGGUUUCUCAUGUUCUUAAUCAAAUAUUGUCAUUGGAGACAAACUAUGUUCCAAUUACACGAGGCAAUAGAGUGGUGCUUAUGAUUAAUGGCUUAGGUGCCACUCCUGUGAUGGAACUUAUGAUUGCUGCUGGAAAGACUGUCCCUAAGCUGCAGCUUGAAUUUGGACUAGCUGUUGAAAGAGUGUAUACAGGGUCAUUUAUGACCUCUCUUGAUAUGGCAGGAUUUUCGAUCUCUAUAAUGAAGGCAGAUCAAAAUCUGUUGCAACGGCUGGAUGCUCCCACAAAGGCUCCUCAUUGGCCUGUUGGUUCUUCUGGUAAUCGCCCACCUGGCAAGAUUCCUGUUCCGUUGCCACCAUCUCGUUCAACAAAGAGUGAGGAGUCAUUAAGUCGGCCACUGCAGCUUAGUGAACAGGGCCGCAUUCUUGAAGUGGCUAUUGAAGCAGCAGUAAAUUCAGUAAUCGAUAUGAGGGAUAGUUUGAAUGACUGGGAUAGCAAAGUUGGUGAUGGUGACUGUGGGUCAACAAUGUACAGAGGUGCAACAGCAAUCCUUGAUGAUAUGAAAAAAUAUUAUCCUCUGAAUGAUGCUGCAGAAACAGUGAAUGAAAUUGGGUCGUCUGUGAGUAGAGCUAUGGGAGGAACAAGUGGAGUCUUAUAUAAUAUAUUUUGUAAGGCAGCAUAUGCAAAGUUGAAAGCUAACCCAGAUUCAGCUGUCACGGCAAAGCAAUGGGCUGAAGCACUUGAAGCUGCCAUUGCUGCAGUCAGUAAAUAUGGUGGGGCUAGUGCUGGUUAUCGCACAUUAUUGGAUGCCCUUAUUCCUGCAUCAGCAGUUCUUAAGGAGAGAUUAAGUGCUGGUGAUGAUCCUUGUACUGCAUUUGUUCUUUCGUCUGAAGCAGCAUCAGCGGGAGCUGAAUCAACUAAAGACAUGGCGGCACAGGCGGGGAGGUCAAGCUAUGUGUCGGCGGCUAUACUUGCAACAGUUCCAGAUCCAGGUGCGAUGGCAGCGGCAGCGUGGUAUAGAGCAGCUGCUUUGGCUGUGAAGGCUAAAUAUGAAAGAGCUUCGUGAAUUCAUUCUGCCUUUCGGUUACUAAUUGGCUUUCCGCUUAUGCUUUUAAUUUUUUUUGGGGUGCGUCAAGCUGAGAGAGCCAGCUUCAUAGGCAUACAUACAUACACAAAAUACAUGAUUGAAUUUUAAAACCUUUCCAAAAUGUAAACCUAAUCUGAUAUGGACCAGUCCCAUUGAUCCAAUUGUUUAAACAAAUUUUGAAAUUUUAAAUUAAAUAUGGAUCAAAUUAAGACC